GUUCAGCUCCCUCACUGCCAGUCUGAAUACAGCAGGAGCCAAAUCUCCUGCAGCUCUGACUCCAGGUCAGAUUUAGAUCCGUUCAGCGUCAGAAAGUCCUGCUUUGGUCUGAGGAAGUUCUCAGGAUGGUGGAGCGCCUCGAGCUCGACAAACAGGAGGAGCGGUACUGCAUCCGAGGGAAGCAUGCAGUGAUCAUCUGUGCCAUGGUGCUGGCUUGCUCCUUGGCUGUGGGUUUGGGGGUGGGCCUCAGUAAGUGCACCUCCUCCACAGCAGAACCCACAGCAGAACCCACAGUAGAACCCACUCCUCCUCCUCCUAGCAGAGGGCCCUGUGAGCCUUCCUCUGACUCCAGUGGGGACUGGAGGAAUUUCCGCCUGCCUGACUACGUGAAGCCGCUCCACUAUGACCUGCACAUGGAGCCUGACCUGGAUGAAGACACCUACACAGGUACAGUAGACAUCCAGGUGGAGCUCAGUAAGCCCACCCGACACCUAUGGCUGCACAUCAGAGAGACGUUUGUCAGCAACAUGCCCAGGCUGAAGGUGCAGGAUGCUGGGGGGGUGCAGAGGGAGGUGGAGGUGAGGAGGUGCUUUGAAUACAAACCGGAAGAGUACGUUGUGGUGGAAGCCUCGCAGGAGCUGAGUCCCACCGGACCGGGACAGACGUACAUCCUGAGUAUGGACUUCCAGGGCUGGCUCAACGGUUCUCUGGUGGGAUUCUACCGGGUCGUCUACACCGAGAACGGGAUCACCAAGAAGAUCGCUGCCACUGAUCACGAGCCGACAGACGCCCGGAAGUCCUUUCCCUGCUUUGAUGAGCCCAACAAGAAAGCCACCUACAGCAUCUCCAUCACUCACAGUGAGGCCUACGGAGCUCUGUCCAACAUGCCCGUGCAGGGUUCUCCUGAGAAAGUAGCAGAUAACAAACUGAGAACGUCGUUCCAGAAGUCUGUUCCCAUGAGCACAUACCUGGUCUGCUUUGCCGUGCACCAGUUUGAGUACGUGGAGCGAUCAUCCAGAAGUGGAAUUCCUCUGAGGAUCUACGCCCAGCCCAGUCAGCUAGGAACAUCAGAGUACGCGGCCAACGUCACAAAGACCAUCUUCGACUACUUUGAGGAAUACUUCAACAUGCCUUACUCCAUCCCCAAACUGGAUAAGAUUGCCAUCCCUGACUUUGGAACUGGAGCCAUGGAGAACUGGGGCCUCAUCACGUACCGGGAGACCAACCUGCUGUAUGAUGAGGACCAGUCGUCCUCCCUCAACAAGCAGCGGGUGGCGAGCGUCAUCGCCCACGAGCUGGUUCACCAGUGGUUCGGGAACAUUGUGACCAUGGACUGGUGGGAUGACCUCUGGCUCAACGAGGGCUUCGCCAGUUUCUUCGAGUACAUCGGCGUGGAGGAGGCGGAGCCCUCCUGGGCCAUGAGAGACAUCAUGAUCGUCGGUGAUGUACUUCCUGUCAUGGUGGACGACGCCCUCAUUUCCUCUCAUCCAAUCAUCGUGGACGUGUCGAGCCCAGCAGAGAUCACCUCUGUGUUUGACUCCAUCUCCUACAGUAAGGGAUCAUCUGUCCUCAGGAUGCUGGAGGACUGGAUGGGUAGAGACUUGUUCAGAGAUGGCUGUCGGAAAUAUCUGCAAGAUUAUCAAUUCAAGAACGCCAAGACAGAAAACUUCUGGGCCUCGCUGGCUGAAGUGAGUGGGUUACCUGUUGCAGAGGUCAUGGACACGUGGACCAAACAGAUGGGUUAUCCUGUCCUGGACCUGGUGGUGUCAGAGUCAAAUGCCAUUCUGAACCAGAAGCGGUUCCUCCUGGACCCGUCAGCUGAUGCCAGCCUGCCUCCGUCGCCCUUUCGGUACAAGUGGACGGUUCCCGUCCGAUGGCACACGGUGAAAAGCAACAAGAACACAAUAACCAUGUUUGACAAGAGCAGCGCAGAUCAUGUCAUCAGUGCCUACUCGCUCGCAGCAGACGGGCUGCUAAAGGUCAAUAAGGAUCACAUCGGCUUCUACAGGGUGAACCAUGAGGACCAUAUGUGGACCUUCAUCAGUGAUCAGCUUCUAACCAACCACUCGGUGUUUGACGCCGCUGAUCGCUCCAGCUACAUGGAUGAUGUUUUUGCUCUCUCCAGAGCUGAUGUUGUAGAUUAUGGAAACGCCUUUAAUCUCACAAAGUAUCUGAUAAAUGAGUCGGAUUACAUCGUGUGGAACCGCGUCUCCUCCUCCAUCGCCUACGUCAGAGACAUGAUGUCCAACAACCCACAGCUUUACCCAAAGUUCCAGAAACUGUUUGGUGAUCUCGUCAAACCCGUUUCUGCAGAAGUUGGAUGGACGGAUGAAGGAACACAAACCCAACGGCUUCUGAGGGAAACUGUGCUCAGCAUCUCGUGUCAGAUGGGAAACACAGACGAUCUGAACGAAGCCUCUCGUAUUUUUGAUGAGUGGAUCUCUGGAACUCUCAGCAGCGUGCCAGUGAACCUGAGGCUUCUCGUUUAUCGAUAUGGAAUGAAGCAAUCGGGAACUCCGGAGAAGUGGAACAUCAUGUUCCAGAGGUAUAAAAGCUCCUCUCUGGCUCAGGAGAAGGACAAGCUGCUGUAUGGCCUGGCGUCUGUGGAGAACAUCCAGCUGCUCUCCAAGCUCCUGGAGGCGACUAAAGAUGAGGCUGUGGUGAGGACGCAGGAUGUGUUCACCGUGGUCAGAUACGUGUCGUACAACCCGCUGGGUCAGAGCAUGGCCUGGGACUGGGCCACCUUAAACUGGGACUACCUGGUCAACAGAUUCACCAUCAACGACAGGAACCUGGGUCGGCUGCUCUCUGACAUCACUUCCUCCUACAACACGGAGUCCCAGCUGUGGAAGAUGACAAACUUCUUCAACCUGAAUUCAGACGCCGGAGCCGGAGAGAUGCCCAGGAGGCAGGCGCUGGAGAGGGUGAGGAACAACAUCGAGUGGCUGAAGAGCAACGAGAACGAGAUCAGAACCUGGCUUGAGAGCAACGUGGGACCAAGCAGGAACAUUUAAAAGGAACAGAUCCAGCACUUCCUGCAGAAACAUUCCAGACUGAACCAUUUUUAUUUAGUUUGGGAUAAAAGCGAAUCAGUAAAAAUCACCAGGAAGAGCAGGAAAACACAUCAGCAGUAGCUUUUAUUGUCUUCCUUUGGAUGGUCGGUUUUCGGUGAAGGAACAUAUUCCUAACUGGAUUUGUGCCUUUCCCUGUUUUUCUGAUGCGUUUAUUUAAUUAUAAAAUAAAUCAUCCCAGAAAUGGGAAUCUCAGGAACACCGA